AUGAGUCCCUCCCUCGCAACGGAGACCACCAGAUACAAUGACUGCUCACCGUCAAGUGCGAGCGAAGAUGAAGAUGACGCGCCCGACCCGCUGAAUCACCAUGGCAUCGAUUUCAGUAUACGAGGAGAUGGCGUUCGAUACCAACAGCUUGGAAUUUCGAACUCAAAUGAUUUGGAGACGCAGUCACCGCCUCUUGACCGUACGCAGUUCGACUUUAGCAGCCACCAUGAGGGAGUCUCAUUUUUCGGUCAGAUUCGAUCAACGGUCGUUGCAUCGAGACUGAACUGGUUGCUUGUUUUUGUACCGAUUGGAUUGGCGGCGCAUUCGUUCCAGAUUAAUCCUCUCGCGAUUUUCAUGACGAAUGCAAUUGCUAUCGUGCCGCUGUCUGUCAUGUUGACAGAGGCGACGGAGCGUAUUGCUGCUGAUGCGGGAGAUACGAUCGGUGCGCUGUUGAACAUUACGCUUGGAAAUCUUGUUGAAUUGAUUAUCUUCGUUGCAUUGGUAAAUAAUCACAUUCGCAUCGUUCAAGCUUCGAUUUUAGGUAGUGUUCUCGUGAACCUUCUUCUUAUCUUGGGCUCUGCGCUUUUUGCAAGCAGCAUGUCCAAUAUCGACCCUCACAGCAGCAUGGAAGAGUCUGAGCUCCUGGCCGCUCUCCUCUUCGUCUCAGUCUUUGUCAUUCUCAUUCCUACUGCAUUUGACUACACUUUCCAUAUGAAAGGAAAGAAGAGCGAAGCUGCGUUGAGCAUGAGCCGUGCUUCAUCGCUGGUAGUCCUCGUCAUCUACAUCGUGUAUUUCGCGUAUGAGAUGAGACCCAAGCAUGUCGAAGCCCCAGCAAUUCCAUUACAACCACUACACACAGAGCAUCACCAACACCGACGAAAUCAAGGCUCAACGUCUCAUAGUGCGAGGCUCAUUCGGGGGAACUCACGAUCUCACUCGCGUUCUGGCUCGAGGACUGAGUUUCAUGGUUCGGAGAUGCGGGACCUUUCGGUUGGGAGUGCGCAGUCGAGAACGACUAUUAUGGAACGACCGGAAGUACCGGGUCACCCAUCGCACCCUUCCAGCACGAGCGGCACUGUAGCUGCUGUUACAGUGCUGUUUGUCUCAUCGGCGCUCAUGUCGAUGAACGCCGAGUUUCUCGUCAAGACUAUUGACGAUGUCACUCAUGAAGGUGGUCUAUCAGAAGCUCUGAUCGGCCUGAUCAUUCUUCCCGUGGUUGGAAACAUCGCGGAGUACGUGACUGUCGUCACAGUCGCCAUGAGAAACAAGCUCGAGCUCGCUAUUUCUGUUGCUGUCGGAUCAGCGAUUCAGAUUGCACUUUGCGUCGCACCAUUAACGGUCCUGAUAGCUUGGAUGCUUGGUCGGGAUCUUGAAAUGGCGUUCAACGUCUUUGAAACCACGACAUUAGUUGGAUCGGGUUUAUUGAUCAACCUACUGAUUCUGAGUCGUGCGGGCACUGCCAUCAGAGCUAUCGGGCUGAAAGGCGCUCUGAUGUUUGCCUGCUAUGUCAUUAUUGCCCUUGGUGCGUACUAUGAGCCGCACGGCAAGACAAAAUGA